GGCAGUCCAGGUGAGAGUUACCUGAGAGGCGGAAAGAGCACUGUCCCCCUCCUUUCCCCGCUUUGCUCCAUGGGAGUUGGUCUUGGUUGAGUGGCCGCUUCCCUCUCACUUUCUAUCUCAGGAAAGAGUUGCAACACCAACAGGAAGAGCUGUCCGCCAUGGCUUCAGGCUCGUACAACCUCAGCAGCAGAGGCGGCACCGCUAUCCCUGAGUCAGACCCGGCAAAAAAUCGUCCGGACAACACAGCCUUCACCCAGCAGCGCCUCCCAGCUUGGCAGCCAUUGCUUUCGGCGGGCACGGUACUGCCACUCUUCCUGGUCUUGGGCAUGGCCUUCCUGGCCAUCGGCUUGGGCCUCCACUUCUCCUCGGAGAACAUCCAGGAGCUGGAGCUGGACUACACUGGGGCGCCGGGCUCCGAAGGCAUCUCCAAUUGCUCCCGCUGUGCCAACCUGAGUGCCCACCCGGCUCACGGUCCUUGCGUCUGUGGGAUUCGCUUCGUCCUGCCAGUGGACUUCCCGGCCCCUGUCUGCCUCUACUACCAGCUCUCCAACUACUACCAGAACAACCGGCGCUAUAGUGUCUCCCGGGACAAUGAGCAGCUCAGCGGUGAUGCCUGGGCACUCCUCAACCCUAUCACGGAGUGCAAGCCUUACCAGAAGAACGGUAGCAGUGUCCCCAUUGCGCCCUGUGGUUCCAUUGCCAACAGCCUCUUCAACGACACCUUUGUUCUCUACCGCGAUCUCAGCGAUGGCACUUUGGAGCCUGUGGACAUGGAUAAGCGGGGCAUCUCCUGGUGGACCGACACCAACGUUAUGUUCCGUAAUCCAGAGCCGGUCAACAAGAGCCUGGCGUUGGCCUUCAAGGGCACCGCCAAGCCUCCCUUCUGGCCUUACCCAGCCUACAAGCUGGGCAACGUCAACACCAGCGGCGUCGGCUUUGUCAACGAGCACUUUGUGGUUUGGAUGCGCACGGCUGCCUUGCCCACGUUCCGGAAGCUCUACUCCCGCAUCCACCGGGGUAAUUUCUCAACGGUGCUGCCCCGUGGCACCUACUACCUCAACAUCACCUACAAUUACCCUGUCCUCUCGUUCAACGGCUCCAAGAAGAUCAUCUUAAGCACCUUGUCCUGGAUGGGCGGCAAGAAUUCCUUCCUGGGCAUCACCUACCUCGUCUGCGGCACACUCUGCAUCAUCACCGGUGUGGUCAUGUUGGUGGUCCACUUCAAGUUUCGGCACCUGAACGAGGAAGAUUGAUCGAUGGAGAGGAGACUGGCAGAGCAGUGCGACGGAGCUUUCCUGUGAAUUAAUCAAUUCUUACCUCUAAUCUAUCAAAUCUGAAGGAGAUGAACAAGAAGGGAAGGAAACCGUUCUCAUUUCAUCUGACUCAAAAUUAAUGGCUCAGGUUGAAAGCAGGGUGGGAUGUGCUGCAUGCCACCAACUCUUUGGGUCAAAGAUGGCCAAUGCUGCAUGGUUGGCUUUCCAUCUCACCAGUACAAUGGUAUCUCUAAUAUAACUUGGCAAAAUCAAGGUUUGUUUUGGGGGAUUUGUUUGUGGAAUAUUCUCAAGCUGUGGAUGGGUGAAUCUAUGGAAAUGGAGGGCCGGCCGUACAUAGAAAAUUCUGUAUUCAGAUAUCUGCGCAAUGUGCAGCACACUGUUUUCGUAGCACGCUUCAGAAGUGAUUGUGUCAACUGAGCAUCAUUUUAAAGUGUCAUUGCACAUCAUUUCAUAGAAUCAUAGAGUUGGAAGAGACCUCAUGGACCAUCCAGUCCAACCCCCUGCUUAGAAGCAGGAAUAUUGCAUUCAAAGCACCCCUGACAGAUGGCCAUCCAACCUCUGUUUAAAAGCUUCCAAAGAAGGAGCCUCCACCACACUCUAGGGCAGAGAGUUCCACUGCUGAACGGCUCUCACAGUCAGGAAGUUCUUCCUAAUGUUCAGAUGAGCUUUGUAGUCAUUUCUUGCCUUGGGUCCUUAGAUGACAGGUGCAACAGUCUUCACUAUAACUUUGUAGUCUGUUUACACGUGGCUUUGUGGCACAGAAGCCAUUUUCUGUGCUAACAAUGUAUGUCUUGUGUAGUAUAUUUUGUCCAAGAAACAUGGUCAUGUGCAUCUUGAUCCCUGCUGAGAACUAGCAAUGCACCAUUUGCUUGUGUUGUUUUAAUGCAAUUUUAAUGCAAUUAAAGUGAUGUCAAACUGCAUUAAAUCCACA